AACCGGAAGCUUGACGUUCCUUUGGACGUAUAACAGUCAUUUAUGCUAGAGGAGAACUGUGAGGUUGCCUUCCCGAAACAUGCGUCUUUUCCCCAAGGUUGACGUCCCCAAAAUGAGCCGGGAUGGAGCUCUUCCUGCCGCCUAAACCUUCGCUGUAGUUCGGCUGCAGAGAGACACCUGGGGCGUCAGAACAAACAGAGGUAACUGCCCUCUUUAUUUAGUCAGAAGAGAAGAUGGCGGAGUUCUCUCCCGUCCUGUCAAUGCGGGAUGGAGGUGGACGACUUGCCCAGCCCAUCUUCCCGAGGUCCAGGUCUGGUUCCGAGUCGGAAAGCGAACUGUCCCAGAGUCUGGCCCGGACCAAGAUACGUUCGUACGGAAGUACAGCCAGCGUCACUGCAUCCCUGGGGGAGAAAUACAUAGAGCAUCGGGUUACAGACAGUGAUACUCUGCAGGGGAUUGCUCUCAAAUACGGCGUGACGAUGGAGCAAAUCAAACGAGCCAAUAAGCUGUUCAGCAACGACUGCAUCUUCUUGAGGAACAGCCUCAACAUCCCCGUGUUGUCGGAGAAGCGCUCAAUUUUUAAUGGACUGUCUCUGGAGUCUCCUGAUGGGGACGGGGAGACGGCAUGCCAGGAUGCACGCACACCCCAUGUUAUGACGCAGGACAUCGAGGGACCCUCGCCGCCCUCAUCCCCACCCCCCCAGCCUCAGCCUCAGCCUGAGGAGUUGUCAGCCAGAGACUUCUUGCACAGACUGGACUUGCAAAUUAAACAGUCAAAGCAGGCUGCACAGAGACUGAAGGAAGAGGAAGUAAGGAAUAACGAGGAGGACUACACAGCCUCCAAAACUUCAUACCAGGAGCUUUAAAGGAGCAGUCCGGCUAUGUGAAGCCUUGACCAUAAACACCACCUCAUCUUUUGGCGUUUACCAUGCUGAACAAGUGUCAUGUUUGCCUUCUUAUUUAUUAAACUGCAAUGAUUUAUUUUAUUAAUUUUAACGUUACUGUUUUAUCUGCCGCCUGAGCGUAUUCGCGUGAAGCUGCUGCGCCAAAAACACCGGCUGCGUACAUCCACACAACGAAACUCGAUGCGUUAAGCUAGGCUCCAUUAAAGCUCCUGAUGUUUUGAAUCUUCUCGGAAGAAAGCAGCCAUUGGAAAGUCGAUUCGAGCAUUUCUCAUCAGUGUUCUCCCUGUAUGAGCAAAAACCCCUAAAACCGAGGUGAUGGAUGGACUCGAGCCUUUGAACACAUUUGCCUCAAAGUCUUUUUUUUUGUUGGAAACGGAGUGCAGAGAGAGAGCUCUAUUUUUGAAGUGUGAAUGCAUUAUUUAUGUGUGUGGAGAACGUGUCUAUAACAGCUGUUUUAUUGUGGUUUUAAACUGCUUUGGUUGUAUUUGUGGGAAAUAAAUAUGUGUUUAAGCCAUA